GUGGCAGGGUGGUUGCUGUCUUCAGUAAGAGCUACUGAAUGCAUCUGAGCAACAAUCAAGUGAAUGCUUCAACUAGUUUGUUUCUUUAGACUAGUUUACAAAUUUAGGAUUUCCAAUCAACUUCAUGAGCUCUGCGCCAUGUGCGAAAAGAACUUGAACCUUCAUGAAAUUUUGACGAUGCUAGAAGAUGAAGAGAUCCAAGUGCCACCUGAUGAAGAAAUUGGCGUAUAUAUUCAGCCACCAAUCAAUGCAAAUGAUGAUGUCACUGAUGAGGAUUCUGGGGAUGAGGACAUGACUUCAAUCCAUCAUCUUCCAGGAAACCAACUAUUGGCCCCGGCUGAAGUUUCCCAAGAAUUUGAACUGAGUGACAACAAAGAUGAAGAGGAUCCUUCUUUAUCACAACCAACCUUACCCUCUAGUUCAGCGAAGAUGGACAUAGCACAGCCACCAAAUAAAAAAGUAAGACGAAUUCAGAAUUUCACUGAAGAGAAACCAGCAAAAAAGGUUAGUAAGCCAUUCACUAAAAAGCAGUACAAAUGGGUCAAAGAGGACCUAAAACUAGAUGAUACUAUUUGGAGUAAUAGACAGGAAGUACAACAAAAAUUAACACCAAUGGAACAGUUUUUCUGUAUUUUCGAUGAUGAUAUUGUAGAUUUAUUAGUUGAGAAAACAAAUCGUUAUGCGGCAUUACAUAACCGUUUAGGUGAUGUAACUGUCGAUGAAAUGAAAUGUUUCAUAGGAGUAUUGUUGUUGAGUGGUUAUGUUCCAUUACCUCGAAGACGAAUGUUUUGGGAAACAGCUUUGGACACUCGCAAUGAAUUAGUUGUAAAUGCAAUUUCUAGAGACAGAUUUGAGUUUAUUAUGUCAAAUUUGCAUGUUUGUGAUAAUGACAACCUCAAUGCUGAUGACAAGUAUGCAAAAGUACGUCCAUUGUUUGAUGCAUUGAACAAAACAUUUUUUGAUUACGCACCACAUGAGGAACACCACUCAGUUGAUGAGUCUAUGGUCCCAUAUUUUGGGAGGCAUGGUUUGAAAACAAUUCAUCAGAAACAAACCUAUUCGCUAUGGUUACAAAAUUUGGCCAAGAAACAUGCUUUCAUCCCUCAACCAAACCUCAUACACCAGUACAACAAAAAAAUGGGCGGAGUGGACCGGUGCGAUCAAAAUAUGAGCCUGUACCGAAUCCAAAUCAGAGGCAAUGAUUCAACCUUGCUAGGGCUUGCACAACCCACCAGGGGUAGCACUAAAGAACCAUCAGACAGUCCGUCACUAGACUCCUCGUCAGCAGUAAAGUCCGGCGUAAAGAAGUUCCUGUACCAGUCCAUGAAAGAACAUUGA